AUGACUUCUGGAGCGACCAAACCAAAGGUAAUUGUUCUUGCUGGAACGGCAGGGACGGGCAAAUCAACCAUUGCGGCCAAGUUACGCGAAAUUUUCAGGACGAAGUAUCCGGAUGUCGACUUUCUAGAGGGCGACACAGUGCAUCCACCGGAAAAUAUCGCCAAAAUGAGCCAUGCCAUCCCGUUGACCGAUGACGACAGGUGGGACUGGCUCAAGAAAGUAAGCGAAUUGUCGUCGCAGAGCGCUCAAAAGCAUUCCGGACUGUGGAUUGUGACGUGCUCGAGCCUCAAGAAAAAGUAUCGCGACCUCAUCCGCUCACACAGUCCAGAAACGGACUUUUACUUUCUGUUCCUGUUCGCAGACAGACUGCUGAUUUUGGACCGCAUUACCAAAAGAGAGGGUCAUUUUAUGAAGGCCAACAUGAUCAAUUCGCAAUUCAGCGACCUGAUGUUGCCAGAUGCGGCUGAGACGCUGGCGUCCACAGUCGAUGUGGACGGCAAAUCGGUUGAGCAGGUCGUACAGGAGUGCCAAGCAGAUCUCAAGAAGUUUGUAGCAGGUAAUUGA